UUCAGAGGCGGGUCCUGGCUGGGCGGCGUCGGGGGCGCCUCAUCCGAGAAACGGGGCGCGGUCCCAACUACAAAAAUGCUCUCACUCUGACCCUCCUCGCCUCUUUGCAUCUCCACGCCGUCCGUGUACACACACAUAUGCACACUGACCGCACGCAGAUCUAAACAGAGAUUCAAAAGAACACCUUUGCUCUUCUACCGGCUACCCAUCGUCAUCACUGGGAGGAGAAGCGGGUGAGAAACAAAAACUUCUCUUUUCCCAGUCCUGCCCUUUUUCUGCAGCUUGUUCCGAGGCCGAGGCACCUCCAAGGUAGUGAUGGCGCUCCAGAAGACCCAUUCAUUGCUGCUGCUCGUGCUGCUGACCCUGCUGGGGCUUGGGCUGGUGCAGCCUUCCUACGGGCAGAGUUACAUGUACCAACGAUUCCUGCGGCAACACGUGGACCCUGCUGGGAAAGGUGGCAGUGAUAGCUACUGCAACGUGAUGAUGCAAAGACGGAAGAUGACUUCAUAUCAGUGCAAGUACUUCAACACGUUCAUUCAUGAAGACAUUUGGAAGAUUCAGAGCAUCUGUAGCACCACGAGCAUUCAGUGCAAGAAUGGCAAGAUGAACUGCCACGAGGGGGUAGUGAAGGUCACAGACUGCAGGGAGACAGGAAGUUCCAGGGCUCCCAACUGCAGGUACCGGGCCACAGCCAGCACGAGACGUGUUGUCAUCGCCUGUGAGGGUAACCCAGAGGUGCCUGUGCACUUUGACAAAUAGAUGCCACCCAGCAGGGGUUUUCUCCGAGCAGCUGGCCUCUAGCUUACUCCUUAAGUAGCAAUGAGUAGUGCAUUUGAGCUAUCCCAGACUCUGUCUCCUCUGCUUGUUUCUUCUUCUUUUUCUCUGUAGGACCCAUUCUGUUCAAUACACUGCAUGAAAGAGAAAGUUGAGACAUAAACUUAUAAUGGGUCUGGGCUUUUCUGUAAUAAGCUUCCUUUUGUAAUACUGGUCGCCUUGGCUUUCUCGGAUUCUCUCCUCUGGAAUUUAGUCAUUAUAUGGACGUCCAGAGCACUUCAAGCAUUUUCAUCUAAGUUACGUCAUUUCUAAUGUCACACCACCCCUGGGACACUGCUGCUGAUGCUGCAAGAUACACAAGCCCCAAGUUAAGGGAUUUGCUAAGAACAUAAAGCUAGUAGAAAAUCUGAGACAGAAGUCCAGUAUAACUGGCUACUAAUCUAGGACUUUUUCCACUUCAGCACAAGAGAUGUUCUGAAAGUUUCUGGGUUUUGUUAUUCCCAAAAGUCAGCUGUUGUGGGGAGUGUUAAAAUUUGGGAAGUAUGUACUGGCCAGAUGAGAGCGCUAUCUGUAAAAUUUGGGAACUUGACUGUGUUUGAAUCUAA